CGCAUUUUUCGUUACUCCUCUAACCUUAAGGGGGCUUUUUAGCUUUUGGUUAGCUAUCCGUUUCUGGAAAACAUCUGAAUCAUUUUAUAACCAAAGCCAGCUGCGGCACAAGUCUAUGCGUGCGUGAGUGUGAGUGUGCGUGUAUGUGUGUAUUCGUUUGUAUGAGGAAGAGGGAGAGAGUGUGAGAGUAUCUGUUCGCUUUGCUCUCCAAAAAGGAAAGAAAGCAAGGGGAGAAAAAAACGCUUGGACGUCUUUUUCCUCCCGAAACUUUUUUUUUAGGAAUGAACGCCGAGACGUGCGUUUCAUACUGCGAAAUGACAUCCAUGGAUUCAUAUUAUAGCCCAUCUGCACCGCAAGGUAGGGAUCACCAGGCGAACCCUUUCAGGACAUUCCAGGCGAGUGACACCAAAUACAGCCCCGCUUUCCUGACCAACAAAGGUCAGGCGUACGGGGAAAAAUCUGGGAGCCCGUUCCAGCAGGAAUGCCAGUCAUUGGAUGCCACUGCUGGGGAAGGCACCUUUAACAAAUACCACCUCUUCAUGCAAAGGUCCUCCUGCAAAACUCCCCCAGACAGCAGCAAACUCCAGCAGGAAAGCGGACACAACGGAGGGCUCAUCGCGUGUUAUGGUAAAGACACCACAGGGCUGACAGAUUCUGAGUUGCCCCAAAACAGUGAUCCAGCAGGGAUGGAUGGCAGCUACCUCAGCGUAAAGGAGUCAGGAGUGAAAAGCCCUCAACAGCCAAACUCAGAGUUGGCUUCUCCGUUGGACAAGGCCGAGGGAGAGAGCAACAAGGGCAAGAAAAGACGCAACCGUACCACCUUCACAAGCUAUCAGCUAGAGGAGCUGGAGAAAGUCUUUCAGAAAACACACUAUCCCGACGUCUACGCACGGGAACAACUCGCACUGAGGACUGACCUGACAGAAGCCCGAGUACAGGUGUGGUUCCAAAACCGCAGAGCCAAGUGGCGGAAGAGAGAGCGCUUCGGACAAAUGCAGCAGGUCCGGACACAUUUUUCCACGGCCUAUGAACUGCCCCUUCUCACUCGGCCUGAGAACUACGCUCAGAUACAGAACCCUUCUUGGAUAGGCAGCAGCAGCGCGGCAUCCCCGGUGCCCGGCUGCGUUGUACCCUGCGACUCGGUCACUUCCUGCAUGCCACCUCAUCCACAUGCUGCUAGCGGAGUGUCUGACUUCUUAGGCGUGCCCAGUCCUGGAGGUCACAUGGGACAGACACACAUGGGCAGCUUGUUUGGAAGUCCAGGCAUGAGCACUGGCAUUAAUGGGUACGAUCUAAACAUGGACCCCGACCGGAAAUCCUCCAGCAUCGCGACGCUGCGAAUGAAAGCUAAAGAACACAGCGCAGCCAUCUCUUGGGCUACAUGACUCCCCAGUGAUUAGGACACUAUCUCUGAAGUCCCUCAACAAAUAAGAGAAGAAGGAGCAAAUGUGAACAUCAGUUAGCCUGACCUGGGAUCAAGGAGUGCGUGGAUUGACAAAGAAAAGAAAAAGUAAUAGAGAUACCAGGAGAUUUAUUUCCAUUUGAAGUCUAGAGAGACAAGAGAAAAUCAGAGAUCAUAAAACUGAGUAUGUUCUGGCUUUAAAACAAGAAAGAAAUACAAGAAAGAAGACAGAAACUUGACAUCUGAAUGCAUAAUGAAAAAGAAAAAAAUGAAUAGAAAAAAAAAACAAAAAAAAAAAACAUGCACUUAUCUGCCACUAGUGUCCCAUUUGUAAACACACAUAAAUUUAUCUAAACGCAUCUGGCUUCAUUUUCAUCUCAGCAUAAUCAAAAUCUGUUAAAUUCUUGUUCUGUCACAGACUCCUUCGUUUUCAUCUCAGCAUAAUCAAAUCCUUGUUAAAUACUUGUUCUGUCACAGACUCCUUUUCCAAUUAUGCCAUCUUUGCAUAGACAGUUCAAAAAGACUUGCAAUAGAGUUUCUCACAGUAAAAACUUUUCCAUUGCAGCCUCAAUCCAAACAUAUGCAGCAUAUGCAUCAAGGUAAAAUAGACUUGCUUUUUAUACUAACUCUCCAUAUAAAACUUGACUAAAACCCACAUUGAUCACUCCUACAUUGAUUAGUGCUACCUGGUCUCAUAGCAAAAAUGUACCAGGGGCACUUUUUCACGAGACCUGAAAUACGUACCAAUAAGUACAUAUCACUGCAGUUUCCAAAAGAAAUGAACACUACAGGCAGUAAAACUCAGACACCUUUUAUUCCUUUUCACACAAAAUAUGAUUUACAGAGUUUAAUAAAGCGUAAUUUCCGCACAAUUACUUGAAGAAUAUUAUGUUAUGAUGUCAAAAUUUUAAUAUGCUGGGAGAGUUAAAAACUGAUAUUGACUGACUUGAAUGUUAGCAUCACAUAUCCUGCUUCAUAUCUAUGGGUUUUCAUAGCUGGUAGGUUGGUUCGGUAGCUCACCCAGUACGAAUCCCGUGAAACAACGCUUCGACAAAACAGUUCAAAUCUGCACACACGUUAGAUUCAAAUGGCAUGCUUGCAUCAAAUAAUGUGUUUUUAUAUUAGUUUUGCAUUUGUCAACACUAUCAGGUAGGUUUAGGAUUGGGUUUGGUGUAGGUUAUAUUUCCAACAGGAUAGAGCAUUAACUUUUAGCGACAGUCCCGGAUAUUUAAAUUCUGAACAGCCGCAACACGUACCUGAAGCAACUUAAAAACACAGCAACACAUACCUAUAUCAACGUAAUAAAAACGUGCCAGGGUUCACGUAUUGAACCUGAGUUUUAGCGCGACUCAGUGGACAUUUCUCUUUGAAACUGCCGCGAAACGUGCAGCAAGGUGCACAAAAAUGGUGCUGCAGAAAAGUACCCAGAGGUACAUAUUUUUGAGACUGUGUUGGAUUAUUACUUUUUUUAAUUGCCCUUAUUUUGAUAGGACAGUAGCUAGACAGGAAGCAAAGUGGGAGACAGUGAAAGGGGGACGGGAUGGGGAAAGGUCCGUGAGCUGGGACUCGAACUCGAGACGCCCGAAGCGCAACAGCGCUACAUGUCGGCACGCUCCCCACGAGGCCAUCGAUGCCAACACUCUAUUGACAAUUUGAGAGAAGUACUACAUUCGCCACUACUUUAAAAAGGGGUCAAACACUUUAGCAGAAGUCUGUUGGGAAUUGCGCAUCAGGCAUGAUAGACUUAAGAGGGCCUGGAGGUGCCAGACAUCAGCCAGAAAAGAAAGGCAUAGCUCUCUUGCAGGUAACUAGGCACUCUAAGGAGGUUUCCACUUUCCUUGAUGAAUUGUGUGCUCCCAGUACCAGUAGUCUCUGGAAAAAAGACAAGUGCAAUCUGCUAGUGCAAACCUAAAGUAACAGUUAAUCAGCAUCAAAUUACAGGUGGUGGUCUAUUCACACUGCAGUCUAUCUUUUUCUUCUUUGCAACCACAUUUAAUUUUUUCUGCAAGAAAAAGUUGUUCUAAAGCUGUUUGGCAAGAUUUGACAGCAGCAUAUUCCAAGAUACAACUCUUGGAUCCAUCAUACAAGCUGUCAAGUUUGAAUGUCAAACAUAACUAAGAACUACAAUCUACAGAGAAUGAAGGAUGCAAAAUAGGUUGAGAAAGAUUUCUUUCUUUGUAUUUUGGAUAUCACGAAACGCAUUUUUUUCAGCAAAUGUUGCCGCCUUAGCUAAGUCUUGACUAUAUGAUAUGUACAGUGCUGGGGCUCUCUGAAAUUUGAGCCAUGCUUCAUUAAUAUUUUGGCAGACGUUCUCAUUGCAAUAUCUCAGAUUAAACUAUCAUCCACCACGGCUUUGAUUGGGUGGAAGCAAUACUGGGCUUUGGCAUGUAAUCACUGAUCACUGAUAUUGCCAUGCACAGGGGUGACAGAAAUAUAAAGCAAGAACUUUUGCAAGGUACUACAAGUCAGAUUUAGAUCAGGUAAAACAAAGCUGUUUGAAAUCUGGAGACGAAUAUGAUACGUUCUGCCCUUUGGAGAAGCCAUUUCUAAUUUGUAAAUGAGAACCACAUUUCUUUUUUCUUCAUUCUGCUGCACAGCUUAUCUAGAGCCCUGGAGAUACUUACAUAUACUCACACAACUUUUUUAUUAUAAUACCAAAGCAGUGACUUACCUGGUUCGGCGUGAGGGUAACAACAUGGAAUCGAGUUCUGUAUCAAGUUUCAGAUUGACAGAAAACUAAGCUUCCGUUACUUAAACAAAAACUCAUUGGGUGCAAUAUCAUGUUAAAUUCACCUUGUAAAACAACCUCAUUGCCAAAAGUUAAUUAGAGAUCACCUGCUUACUGCUGCUCAGUCUCGUGCCCCAUGGCCUGGAUAUAUGAUAUGAAAAGUGUAGGGGCUUCCUGAAGUUUGAACCAUGCUUCAUUAAUUUUUUGGCAUUGCAUCUCAUGACUGAGCAUCUCACCACUUAACCUAUCUAGGGAGUCGGGACCUGCUGAAAAAGUCAGUGAUAAUGUUAAUGUGCUUUUCAUUACAACUAAAACCAGCAAGUACAUCCAUCCUACAUCAAAUCCAACCACCAAUCCUCACUGAGAGCCAUGAGGAGUUCUGCUAGUGCAGAAUUGUGAAUCCUGACACUCUCACUUUGGCCUUUAAGAGGUUGCUGAGCGGGUGAAGUGACUAUAGUGUUCCGGUGUUCUGGGAAAGGACAAUCCACACAGCUGUGUGCGGGGUAAAUGCAAAACAAACAUGCCUCGCACAUGCUUCCCCUUCAGCUGUCAUGGCUCUUCUUUCAAAGCCCCAUGCUGAAUAGGGCCCGGCCUGCUACCCCAGCCAAAGCAUCAGCCCUCAGCGACUCAGAGUCAAUGCACACCCGUGCUCUCAGGCAGUCUUUUUAAUUAACACCGAGACAUCUGCGGAGAGGGAUUCUGUGACAGAACAGAGCAACAUGGGCUCCGUGUUAGCCUAUCUUUAACUGUUGUGGAACCGGGAGGGGCGUUGAUGAAGCUCAGAUCAACGCUAUCAUUAGUUUGUGUAGUAUCGACACACAUGUGACCCAGGACCACAGUCAUAAGGGUCGAUUACCAUUCAUGUAUGGUUUGGUAGGAUAUGACAAUAUUUGGCCAAGAUACAACUAUUUGAUAAUCUGGAAUCUGAGGAUGCAAAAAAAUCAAUACUAAGAAAAAAAAUCGCCUUUAAAGUUGUCCAAUGAAGUUCUUAGCAAUGCAUAUUACUAAUCAAAAAUUACGUUUUGAUAUAUUUAAGGUAGGAAAGUUACAAAAUAUCUUCAUGGAACAUGAUCUUUACUUAAAGAAAAAUCGAUAAAUUUGACCUAUACAAUGUAUUUUUGGCUACUGCUACAAAUAUACCUGUGCUACUUAAGACUGUUUUUGUGGUCCAGGGUCACAUAUACACUUGCGUACCAAUAAAUGAGCUAAUCUGCACAGAAAACAACUCGUCACAUUUGCUUCUGAUACUCUUCUAUUUCAUUGAAAGGUAAAUCAUCAUAACUAAACACAGAAAACGGUCAUCGAUACGGUUCUGUAGAGAACAGAUUGUACAGUACCCAAAGGAGAUGAUAAUUGUCAGACAGUACCUUGCAGAUGCCUAUGAGUUACAGAGAUUCUUAAGUCUCUGUCCCAUCUCCCGAAACUUAUACUACUGAAGUAGGCAUAUCCAAGUACUAGAAUAAUAUAAUGCUUUGUUUUGUGUGUGGUCGCAUGUACGGUUUUCUUUGGAUUCCUUCCUUGCAUAAAUUACCCUUGGAGCCUUUCUUUUGUAAAAAACUCCUUAUUAGAAAUAUAUUAUUUUAUGUGUGACUGAGGGUUCUUGCUUUUGUUGUAUUGUGGGUUAGGGGAUAAAAUGCAAACAUUUGGGUUUUUGGUAUGUAAAUGAACUUAAAAUAGUUGUGAUGGCUUAAAGCUAAAUGUAUGGCUUUUGGAUCAUUUUUAAUAAUUAUUUACUUUCAGGCUUGUUUUAUGUUCUAUAUAUAUUGUGUGAUGUACAACCGUAAGUUAUUGCACUUACAAUUUUUUUUUUAUUAUUGUUUGAAUUGCUUUGAGAACAUCUGAUUCGAGUGGAAUAUCACUAUAAAAUAUGUGUACUCAAUCAACUAUUAAGUACUUUGAGAACAUGACUGGUAUUGUCAGUGUGCUUGUCAACAAGCUAAAACAACAUUUUGUUUAAACUUGGAACAAAACUUCUUAAAAAACGUUUUUUAGCAAGACACUCUGUUUUGGGACAUUUGACAUACUGUUCAUAACAGCCAUCUUACAUUAAAGACAUACUGAAGACAUGAAGUACCUAUUGGCUAGAGACUGUGCUUUUAACUAGGCUUUCCCUUAAUUGGUUAAAAAGCCUACAUUUAAAAACUGAACCAUUACAGGUGCUGGGUAUUCUACUACGGAUGUUUCAUUUCAUUUGACAUUUUCUGUGUGCUCAUUUUUGUUUGUUUCUCUAAAUCCAGAUGAAUAAAAACUUUUAAAAAAGAACUAAAACUAAAUAUCCCUGUGCAAUAUAUUAGUAAUGAAUGCA